AGAGCCAGUACGGCUGGAGCGUGCUGUCGCUGUUGUCUUCUUCGUCAGUGCGAUUUCAAAUGUCGUUGCGUCGGGUAGUAGUUGAGGGACAACAACACCGGAACAGCAGGGCACCCGCGUACCCAAUAGAAGAAGAAAGCAAAAAAAACUAAACUGUACUGAACCGAGGGCACAGUAGGGGGUUGGAGUAUGUGUGUACUGCCAGACCAUACCGGUGCAUUGUGUCUGUGUCUAUAAAUGAUUAUUAUAAAUAAUUAUAAGUUUUGCAAGUUGAGAAAAUAUUGAAGCGGUUGAAAUAACAACAGCGCGGGACCGGCUCGGGCCAAGUGAUAGAACCAUCGACGGUGUGUGGUGAAGAAAGAGGGAUCCGAAAGAAACACGAAGAGGAAAAACAUAGAGCAAUAAAAAUUACCAUUGUUUGGAUGGAUUUAUAAUUUUUAUUGUUUGCGUAAUAAAAGUAAAUAUCGAAACAGCAUACCCUGAACCCUGAGUACUUGCGUGGCCGAACUGCUGGGGGAAAGAGAAGAACUCGAAGACGUGGUGUAGAUUUUCAUGUUUUGUUUUUUCGUGGUCGAGGGGGAAACCUUGGUGGAAGAAAGCGAGACGUAGUAAAACGAGCGCCAAAACCUUUUAGUGGAAGUAAAGAAAAUUUUUGGUAAUUAUAAUCACCAAAAAUAGGAAAGAGCAAUUAAACUGUGUUAGGAAAAAUGGAAAUAAAGUUUAAAUGUACACAGUGAAACUUGAAUCGUUAGACAGAGAGCUGGGGGGAAAUCAUUAAAACACGAUUGAGUGACCAGAAAAAAAAUAUAUGAAAAGGCUGGGAAGCCAAGAUGAGAUCAGCAUAUAAACACAAAAAUAAAAAUGAAUGAAUAUGAUACAAAAGAGUGCGGGAUUAUUGCCAACGCAAGUAAAUAAGAAGAAAAUAAGUUCUGUACCGAAAACGCCGGAAAUGCAGUGAGCAGUGCUUAAGCUCUUUCAACGAGAUCCAAUUGCGCGAAGAAGAGUCUUUCGGAACAAAAGUGUGAGUGCUCGUGUUCCACUAGAAGCCAGACAUCAAGCGUCUAACGGCAAGUGUGUAUCCUUUCUCGUUGCCGAAGUGGCCCCCACGGGAGAAGGUAAGAAGCCGGUUGUCGAAUAUUGCACGAAAAAAAAACUAAAAGAUAUCUCGAAGCCACAUGGUGAGCAUAAGAAAGAAAUAGUUUUACUUCCUUGCAUCACGAGUAGACAAGUGAGGAUCCUGCCUUCCGGCUGCCGGAAGCGAUUGCAGGUGUGUGGGUAAACAGAACAGUCUGUGCGUCCCACCUGAUAAAAACGAGUGUAUAUACAAGCAGGAAAUAGAAAGUUUUACACCCACGAAUGUGUGUAUGUGUGUGCUGGUGUGAUCCUUCAGCUUGUUAUGAUUAGAAUGACCAAAGCAAAUCACAUUCGUUCAUCGCGCGAAGAGAUGGUUCCACGUGUCCUGUAAUGUCGAUCAACAAUUCGACCAGCCCUGAGUGAUCGCAAAACAUACCGACUACGAAACAUUUUAACCAAGCAGAAAACAGAGUAAAGUUCACCAUGCCAUCUGAUACACCGCCUCCGCUUCAUUCGUCUCCUACCGCAUUGGACAAUUCAGACCGUCCGGCGUCGGUUCCAUCAGCAACGGGCGGCCACACUGGGGCAGGAUUUAAACGCAGCAGCUUUUUAGACAAAACGGAGCAAAUACUUAAACCCAUAAUGAAUCAAAAUCAGCAGUUCUGCCUCCGUUGGAACAAUUACCAAACCAAUCUGACGAGUGUUUUCGAUCAGCUCCUGCAAAGUGAGUCCUUCGUGGAUGUUACGUUGGCCUGCGAUGGACAAUCUAUAAAGGCGCACAAGAUGGUUCUGUCGGCGUGUAGCCCCUAUUUCCAGACCUUGUUUUUCGAAAACCCUUGCCAGCAUCCGAUAAUUAUCAUGCGUGAUGUGAAGUGGCCAGAGCUAAAGGCUAUAGUAGAUUUCAUGUACAAGGGAGAAAUUAAUGUGAGCCAAGACCAGAUCGGGCCGCUGCUCAAAAUCGCUGAAAUGCUGAAAAUUCGCGGCCUAGCCGAUGUAAACGGCGAUCAGGAGCUGAACCAAAUUCAAGAGCCGUCGGCAAGUGCAGCUGACGAAAAUAAUUCCAAUAAUGAAAGCAACAGUAGCAGUAAUUUGUCCCGCGAUACCAUCAAAACCGAAAAUCGCCUGCAUCAGCAGGAUCCAUCCCAUAAUAACAACAACACGCCGCUCCAUAUGGCGAAAAAACCACGCACAUCCAGAGAUCGGGAGGCGAACCGGGAACUGUCGGUUCGUGAUUUUCCCCGGGAUCUUUCGGCCGCAGCAAGCGGCGAGUGGCCUCUGGCGGUCGCACUUGAUACCGUGCAGGCGUCCACUCCGAAGAACAACCGCAAACGCCGUUGGCCCUCGGGUGAACGCAGCAGCGUCGGCAGCCCGGCCGACAGCACUCCGGACAAUCUGGAAGUGCCGUCACCGAUUCCUCCGACUCCGUCCACGCUGUCGCAGCCGGCCUCGACGCCGACCCCGUUGGCGUCCUUCUCGAUUCCGCCGGCGCUCGAUCAGAUGGCGGGACUGUCCUCGCUAGCCACCAUCACCAACCAACAUCCGGACGAUAUGGAGAUCAAACCGGGCAUCGCCGAGAUGAUCCGCGAAGAAGAAAGGGUAAACGAAGUUCUACUUUUGAAGAAAUAUACUGAAAUCCAACAUGCGAAACUUUUGGAGAACUCCCAGGCAUGGCUUGGUGCGUCUACUUCUUCGAUAGCUGGCACACAACUACUGAAAGAAGCUGCUUGCACACCACCGACAACUUAUGCGGAAAGUUACCAGUACCAGUUGCAGUCGAUGUGGCAGAAAUGCUGGAACAGCCAGAACCUGAUCCACCAUCUGCGCUUCCGAGAGCGUGGCCCGCUGAAAUCCUGGCGCCCGGAAACGAUGGCCGAGGCCAUUUUCAGCGUGCUAAAGGAGGGCCUCUCGCUGUCACAGGCGGCCCGCAAGUACGACAUUCCGUAUCCGACCUUCGUGCUGUACGCGAACCGUGUCCACAACAUGCUCGGCCCGUCGAUCGACGGUGGCACCGAUCUGCGACCGAAAGGCCGUGGCCGACCGCAGCGGAUCCUGCUCGGUAUCUGGCCGGACGAGCACAUCAAAGGCGUAAUCAAAAGCGUAGUCUUUCGCGAUGCCAAAGAAAUCAAGGAAGAACCGAUCCUGUAUGGCAGACAUUCGCCAUUUCCGUUCCAAGAUAAUCCAUUGAACUAUGCACCGAAUGCUAACGGUCAGCUGCCGGCCGCCAGUGCCGAAGCGAUGUCCCAGGAUGCACUAACCGCUGCAACAGUGGCCGCUGUGAGACAGCAGAUGUGCAACAUGGUCGCUGCCGCUCAACAUCACCCUGAGGCAGCAGCAAAUCUGGUAGGGUUUAACCUACCCCCGCAUCACACUAACUUAAGCAUCCAUCCACCGGGAAAUGCUGGCGGGUCCAGCACUGGUAUUCCGGUUCCCAAACUUGGCUCGCCUGCCGUACCGAAUCAAGGCCACGGUAAUAAUGGGGGAACUGGUGGAAUACAAAUACCCCGUCUGGGAUCUCCUGCUGGUUCUAACAUACCCACCAGCAAAGAUCACGAACUCCAUGGUUCUGUCGGCCUAUCACAUGGCAACAACCCAAGCACCUCCAACAACAACAACAACAGCAGCAACAAUAGUAUCAACCGUAAUCAACACGAAUCAUCUCGCAAAAACAAUCACUCAUCGAGCGGACCCAACGUGAAUCAUCAUCAGCAUCAUUCGUUGGCCCACCUAAACAGCGGCAGCCUCAGUAUAACACGUCUUGGUUCACCCGCUUCCGCUCACGAUCUUCGCAUGACGACCCCACCGACGGAGGAGAGUCCACUUGCAUCACCGAUGGGUCUAGCGCUCGAACCGGCCGUCAAUCUAGCGGUGGGUGGUGGUGGUGGCCAAGGCACCGACAUGCACCCCCUCGGUAUGCCUCCGCAGUACGGCAGCAGCAAGUCUUCAUCCCGGGCCGGUUAUUCUUCCUCGUCCUCACCGCCCCGACCGGAGCAUCUCUUCCACGAUCAGGACAUCGCCGAACUGGUGGCUUCGACGCGAGCUGCUGCCGCUGCUGCUGCGGCUGCCGGCGCUGGUACGGGUGGCGGCGGAAUGGUUCCCGGUGGCAACAACAGUGGCCCCUUCAGAGAAUCCCCUCGGCCUGGGGCACCCAUUAAGAUGGAACCGAUGACCGAGUGCCGCGGCGAUUAGAUGCCCUGUCCACGCCCGUCGUCAAGCGUUCAGUUAGGUUUAGUUUAGUUCCAAUUUGGCUAUGCAAGCAUGGGGCGGCGGCGGCGGCUUACGCGAGAAGCGUUCUUGUUUUUUUUUUCAAAGAGGUGAAAACUUUUGGGAUUUAGUUUAAUUUGUAUAUUUUUUUUUACUUUUCUUUCAGUCUUCUGUUUUAACUUCUAUUUUUUGUACUAUUUUCUUCGAUUUAAGAGAUGAUUUCACACAUGUUAUUUUUGCAAUAUGUGAUAUGAUUAACUUAAAAAGGGUACAGUUUUAUUAGGAGGCAAGCUACAUAGAGGGAAAAAAACUUCGAAGGAGUUUUAUUUAUUUUGUAUUACCGAAAUAACCAUGCUAGAUCGUACUAAAACUAUAACGAUACAAAGCUGUGUGAGAAUUGAUAAAAAAAAAUUGUGCAAUAAGAGAAAAAAAUUAAGAGAAAAAUUGGAUGGAACAUUCCCCCCAGCAAAAAACCGUAUUAACCAAGCAGAUCGAAAGAGAAGCAAGCGGCGAUUUUGUGGGAAGAAGUUGUUAGAUGUUCUAAUUCAUUUUUGUGAUUGUUUUGCACUUUUUAGGGUAACUGGGGAUUUUUUAUGCUGACAGCCCUAAACUCCGUACUGAAAAUCAUUUUAAAAAAGAAUUCUUUAUAACAGUAAAGCUCUAAAACUUUCCAAAUAUUAAAAUACGAUUUCACAGAAUCUAGUAACAACUUCUUUCCACAUUUGCCACACAGCAACUGCUUUCGAGAAAAUAAAAUUAACAUUUUAAUGUUCAAAAACCCUAACAAGACUAAAAUUAAAUUUCGAGGUUAAGUAUGGAAAAACAUGUACAAAAGCAAAUCUUCUUCGGCUACAGCAAACGUGAAGCGAAUAUGUAUGAUCAACACAAGAAAAGAGACGAGAAAUUAAGCUAGAAAUAAAAAAAAGUAUAUUUAAAUACAUUGCCUUCUUGUCAAGAGGAAACACAACCUCCAUAAGUGAAAUUUACAUAGAGGAAAAGCUACAUUUUAGGCAAAGAAUGAAAAAAACUAAAUUAUCACAAAAACAAAGCGUUUGGCCUAGAUUCUAUUUUCAAGCGACAGCCACCUUUUCAUUUUAGCAAAAUGACGGACACAUUUUUGCGUACACGCGUACAAAACUGCGCAUGUAUUUUCGAUUGAUCUUUUUUGUUCAUUAAAGAGACCAGUUUAUGUCCCCCAAAUCAAGAAACAAUCGAAGAGAACUAACCAGCAGCAAAAGAUCCGAGAAAAGAAAAACCAAAACAUCUGCUCAUACCGAAAUCGUUCACUUUUCGGCUAACGGUGGUGGAAAAUGCGGGUGGUAAAAAGAGGGUCACAAAGGACACUUAUUUAUUCUUAACAAGCAUGUUUCGGACGAUUAUAACAUUUUCGGCAAACCAAACAAACAAGGAUAAUUUUAGGCAAGAAAUACAACAAAAAGCAAAGCAAAAGAGAAAAAGCAAAGCAAAAGAAACCAAAACCUUUUAGAGUAGAGCGAGGGAAAUUUUGUAAAACAUUUCGGCCAAUGUGUUCAAAAAGAAAGCAAAAUUUUAAGCAAAAAAAAAAGAGAGUAAAAGAAAAUAUAUUUAAAUUAAUUGAAACGACAAAAAUUUAGAGAAAAAGUGCCUUCCACCCCUUUUUAUGAGAAGAAAUUUAAUAUAUAAAUUACUUUUAAACGAACGGAACGAAGAAGAAAACCCCGAUAGCGAAACAAAGAGAUCAAAUAUCGAGGAGACAAACAUAAACUGUUUAUAUCUUUAAAAGAAAUUUUAAAUUUGGAAGUAAGUCAAAAUUUACCCGUUUCGGAAAUUGUUACAGCUUUUACGUUGAAUGGGAAAGUCAUCCCAGUAGGCCAACAAAGGGCGGACCCACCGAUGACUUUUUCUCGAGUUUUUUCUGUUUAUUUUCUGUUGGAAGAAAAUUUCGUUGUCAAUGUGAGAGGUUGUGUCAUCUAAUCAAUUUUUCUAGGUGUGCACUGUGAAAAAUCCUUUGACAGGACUGGUAGAGAGUUCGUGCGAAGGAUGCUAACGAACUAACAAAAGCUUACAAUUACACCCACACACACACGAACACAUAUUGCAAACCGAUACGAUGCACCCACGCUAGAAAGCAGUUGAAACAAAAGCAAACAAAAUAAACCGGAAAAUAAAAAUGAAUAGAACAUUACACAACUACAGAAGCCUGAGUUCUGUCGUUUUCACCCCACACUGAGCAAAUUAUCGCAGCAAAACAUACUAUUGAUGUAUUAUAAUAACACGAAACCAAAACCAAACUCACAUAGAAUAAAUUCAUUGCAGAGAACUAAGUAAACUAGCAACACAGUGACUCAGUACCGUCGUGAUCCAAUAAACUUUACGCCUACUAGAACACUUAUUUAACAGAUAUAAUUGGACGUAUUUAAUCCAUCCACUGACUGUUGAUCGCUUACUGUGACAGAAGAAAGUCAAACUCUAAGCUUGCAGCAAAGCAUAAAAAACUUGACAGUGAAUACUCUUUCACUGCAAGCACUCCGGAAGGAGUCAAGUCAAGAUCAAACUGGGUUGCUUGAUUUGAAAUUAUGACUUACUAUGAUCUCGAACAUUUAUUUGUUAUUCCACUCGAGCCAAUCUUCAAACAUAAAAAGACAGGAUUCUCUGAAUCAUGUUUUCUAUGUUUCAACCUAAGCAAACAUUUGAUUAGCAUGAUGAUGCAUACAUUGUGUAGGAUGUGCAUUGGUUUUCGAGACAUCACAGAGUCUACUAUUGAAAAAAAAAAACCUUGAAUAUACGUGUAGAAUGAAAUAUUAAAUUUACUAUUAUUUCGUGAUUGAUCGAACCAACCGAUAUCAAAACCAGCUCGACAAUGCAGCUACUAGCAUUUAUCCUAGUUUUGCACUUCUAGUUUCCGAACAAGAGAAAGAGUAAACAAUUAAAACAAUUAUACAAAAUGCAGUCCUCAAUCUUCCCAUAGUCCAUGUUCAUGUUCUCGUGCGUGCGGUUAGUGGUUUUUACCGUUUUUUUUUUGUUUCUUUCAAACCACAAGCUCUGCCUGCAAAACCAACGUGGGCUUCAAUCAAAUGCAAACCAGAACACGGUUAAAAACUUAAAAAACGUUACACACUACGGAACGAACUGUUUGUUAUCACUAUACUCUAUAUUUUCCUUCCCAUGUAUAAAAAAAACGCUCUUACGCAAGAUGCAAUAGAUUUUUGUUGACUGUAUUCAAAAUGUACAUUUUUUAUUAAAUGAUUAAACACUACUGUAAUUUAUUAACCUAACAUUACCAGUACAUUAAGUAAGCAAAAUAGAUCAAAACCGAUAGCAAAAAAAGAAACAAAUAAAAACAAGAGAGAGACAGCAAAACAAUAGCAAAUAAAAUGCGCCACCAAAUGAAUCAAUCUAACUAGCGAAACUCGAAAACGAACUAGCUUCACACCCAAAAUUAAUUUACUACCUUCAAACACACAUUCUACGUUUCUAACGCCUCAUUCAGUCUGUUUUGAGUUCGUAAAUGCAAACGCAGGAAUAAACCUAGCUCAUCAUUUGUUCAACGCAAACGCUUGCAACAGCAGCAUUAUGUCUUCUUCGUAAGAAAAGAAACCACAGAAACAAACGAAUAAACGAUUCAGAUUCAUGCAGUCUAGUGGAAAGACACAUGAGCGCAAAAAUAAAUAAAAAAAAACAAACGGAAUGAGAAGGAAUUAACAUUAUUUAACGAACAGAAAGAGAGAGAGAGAAAAAGGAAAAAAGCAAAUCAACCAACAGGUAGUAGAAGGGAAAAAACAACAUUAAACUAAAACUAACAUGGAUAAGAAUACAAAGGAUAAACAUCGUGGACAAAAAAAAAAACAAAACAAUUUAUCAAUAAUCAUUAGUUGGCUAUUUGUCACAGUGUACCAAUUUAUUCGAUAUGAAAUAUAGUUUAA